AUGCCUAGAUGCUCAAACCCUCAAUGUUUGUUAUCGCCCAUCUGUAUACUUCCCAAUCAGGAUAACGUCGCACGUGACCAGCGCGAUAACGGAUAUCCAAGCUCCAAGCUGGCAUCAACCGUCAACCUCCACAUUGCCAUUGACCGUCAACCCACCCUCUCUGCCCAAAUUCUCCAGGCAGAACCACCUAUUCACCGCACUCCAUCACAGAAACCCUGA